AAUUGCAUCAACUGAAAGUCGAAACAAAAUCAAAACACAAAACCGGAAAACAUGUGGAUUAGUAGCCGCCUUUUUGUGAUUUGUUUGCUGCUCAAUUUUGAUGCCACCUACAGCGAACCCUUCGAAACACAUUUACGUGGUCCUGGAUUCGUUAUGGAGCCGCCGGGACGCGUUGAGUUCUCAAAUUCAUCGGGAGGCUGGCUAGAUUGCUCGGCCUCUGGUAGUCCACAGCCAACAAUCGAUUGGGUCCAUGCGGAUGGCACAGCGGUCACCGAAAUUCAUGGCGUGCGACGCGUUCUCAGGAACGGCACACUGGUUCUGAUGCCAUUUGCAGCGGCUGCCUAUCAUCAGGAUAUUCACAAUACGAUCUAUCGAUGCAUAGCCAGCAAUUCGGUGGGUCGCAUUGUGUCUCGGGAUGUGCAAGUGAGAGCGGUUGUGGCACAGGCCUAUAAAGUGGAUGUGGAGGUACUAUCUGCAUCGCGGGGAUGCACUGCCAUUUUGCGUUGUGUGGUGCCUACGUUUGUCAAGGAAUUGGUUCGAGUGGUCUCCUGGGUUCAUGAACCCGCUAUCUACAUCUAUCCCUCGCUGCAAGGCGAUGGCAAAUUCCAUUUGCUGCCCACUGGCGAACUGCUUAUCCACAAUCUGCAGGAGAGCGAUGAAUCGCAAUCCUUUCGCUGCCGCAGCAUGCAUCGUCUCACGCGUCAGGUUGUUGUCAGUUCACCUACGCGACUGCGUAUUAAUUCACAUCGCGGCAUCAUCUCACCCAGCGUGGUGGAGCACACAGCUCAUGUUCAAGUAUCACAAGAUGAAGGAGCGGUUCUGUUAUGCGUGGCUCAGGGUUGUCCUUCGCCCGAAUACAGUUGGUAUACCCAUAAUGGCCCUGGACCCUUGCCCGUUUUAAGUGGACCGCGUGUACGUCUACUUGGCCCCAUUCUGGCCAUUGAGGCAGUGACUGGCGAUGAUUCCGGUGUCUACAAGUGCACCGCCAGCAAUGUGGGUGGCGAGGCCAGUGCCGAAUUGCGGUUGACUGUUGCCACGCCCAUACAAGUGGAAAUCUCACCGAAUGUCCUUAGCGUGCAUAUGGGCGGAACUGCUGAGUUUCGGUGCCUGGUAACAAGCAAUGGCAGCCCAGUUGGUAUGCAGAAUAUUCUUUGGUACAAGGAUGGACGACAGUUGCCCUCAUCCGGUCGCAUUGAGGAUACAUUGGUGGUGCCCCGUGUUAGUCGCGAGAAUCGCGGCAUGUAUCAGUGUGUGGUCCGAAGGCCCGAGGGUGAUACAUUUCAGGCCACAGCCGAGCUUCAACUAGGAGAUGCUCCGCCUGUAUUGCUCUAUAGCUUCAUCGAGCAGACAUUGCAACCGGGACCAGCUGUGAGCUUGAAAUGCUCCGCAGCCGGCAAUCCAACGCCGCAAAUUUCAUGGACAUUGGACGGAUUUCCGCUGCCAUCAAACGGAAGAUUUAUGAUCGGACAAUACAUCACCGUGCAUGGCGAUGUAAUUAGUCAUGUUAACAUAAGCCAUGUCAUGGUCGAGGAUGGCGGCGAGUAUGCCUGCAUAGCCGAGAAUCGUGCGGGUCGAGUGCAGCAUGCUGCCCGCUUGAAUAUUUAUGGACUUCCCUACAUUCGACUGAUACCGAAGGUAACCGCCGUCUCGGGCGAAACAUUAAAUCUGAAGUGCCCGGUGGCCGGCUAUCCAAUUGAGGAGAUUCAUUGGGAAAGGGGCGGCCGAGAGUUGCCCGAUGAUAUACGCCAGCGUGUCCAACCGGAUGGCUCUCUGACCAUUAGCCCAGUGCAAAAGAACUCCGAUUCCGGCGUAUACACGUGCUGGGCCAGAAACAAACAGGGUCACAGUGCCAGGCGCAGCGGCGAAGUGACGGUCAUAGUGCCACCGAAGCUAAGUCCGUUUCAAACAAAUAUAUUGCAACUGAAUAUGGGCGAUCGGGCCUCAUUGACCUGUUCGGUUGUUAAGGGCGAUCUCCCUUUGACCAUUAAUUGGCGCAAGGAUAGUCGCCCCAUCGAUCCCACACAGCAUAUGUCGGUCAAGCAGGUGGAUCAAUAUAACAGCAUACUGGUCAUUGAGAAUCUGGGCAGCGAUCAUACCGGCAACUAUUCCUGUGUCGUUAGGAAUUCCGCUGCCGAGGUGGAGAACUCGCAGGCCCUUUUGGUUAAUGUGCCGCCGCGUUGGAUCGUUGAGCCGGCCGAUGCGAAUGUCGAACGGAAUCGCCACAUAAUGUUGCAUUGUCAGGCGCAGGGCGUGCCCACGCCCAGCAUUGUGUGGAAAAAGGCAACGGGCAGCAAAUCAGGCGAAUACGAGGAGGUGCGAGAACGUCCCUUUACAAAACUUCUGGGAAAUGGUUCGUUGCUGUUGCAGCAUGUUAAGGAGGAUCGCGAGGGUUUCUAUCUGUGUCAGGCAAACAAUGGCAUCGGCACGGGCAUUGGAAAGGUCAUUCAGCUGAAAGUGAACUCCUCACCGUAUUUCUCAUCCACCUCACGUUCGGUGACUGUUAAAAAGGGCGACACAGCUCUGUUGCAGUGCGCCGUCAGUGGCGACAAGCCGAUUAACAUUGUAUGGAUGCGUUCUGGGAAGAAUACAUUGAAUCCAUCAACCAAUUACAAAAUUUCAGUGAAACAAGAGGCCACACCCGAUGGAGUCUCGGCGGAACUUCAGAUUCGCACUGUAGAUGCCAGCGACAGUGGGCCAUAUUUCUGUAGGGCCAGCAAUCUGUAUGGCAAUGAUCAGCAAUUAGUCCAACUGCAGGUCCAAGAGCCGCCCCAACCGCCAAGUGUACUGGAGGCGGCCAUGAUAAGCAGUCGUUCGGUGAAUCUUAAAUGGCAGCCCAAGUCAAUGAGCACAGGAGAUGUGUCCAAAUAUCUAGUGGAAUAUCGUGAGGCGGAUCCAGCUCUAUUCAUUGAGCAGUGGCAGCAUCUCGAAGUCAAGGAUCCGCCCAGUUUCAAUGCUUUGAUUGAGAACCUUAAGCCAGCCACCAGAUAUGCAUUCCGUGUGAUAGCCGAAGGCAAUGCGGGACGCAGUGCACCCAGUCAGGAGUUAAUUGUUCGGACUGAGCCCCAGCGACCAGCAGGACCACCUCUUAAUCUCUCGGUAAGGCCGCUUUCCUCGACUGAGCUGCUGAUUAGUUGGGUGGCCCCAUUACCCGAGCUACGCCAUGGCGAUAUACAGGGCUACAAUGUGGGCUACAAGCUGGCCAGUUCAAGCAACACGGCAUACAAUUUCACUUCGAUUUCUGGUGACGGCGAUGGUGGAAACGGAGAGCUGCUUCUCAGUGGGUUGGCAAAGUUUGCCCGCUACAAUGUGGUAGUCCAGGCAUUCAAUCAAGUAGGACCUGGUCCUCUAUCGGAGCCAACUGCAGCACAGACCAUGGAAGAUGUGCCCAGCCGACCGCCCGAGGAUGUUCGCUGUGCUGCGCUCUCAUCGCAAUCUUUGCAAGUCUCGUGGCAACCACCGCCAAUCUAUCACACCAAUGGACUGCUUCAGGGCUACAAACUGAUAUUUGAGCCCAUCAUCGAUGACAUGCUGCCGAACAAGGAUGAGGUGGAGUCGCGCAAGACCACGGCUCUAACCAUGGUUCUCACCGGUCUGCGCAAGUACACGAACUACAGCAUCCAAGUGCUGGCCCACACCCGCAUGGGCGACGGUGCUUUGUCGAAGCCCCUCUACUGCCACAGUGAGGAGGAUGUGCCAGAGGCUCCAGCAGAUAUCAAGGUGGUGGUGAGCUCUUCGCAAUCUUUGUAUAUUUCCUGGCUGGCACCGACCGAACCGAAUGGCGUGAUCACCAAAUACAGUCUAUAUACCCGUGUCGUUAAUGGACGCGAGGAGCUGAACAAUGAGAAGCGAAGUCUGCCCUCGCAACAGGUUUACUAUGAGGCAAAGGGCUUACAUCCGCAUAUGGAGUAUCAGUUUUGGGUGACUGCCAGCACUAGAGUGGGAGAGGGAAAGAGCUCUAGAGUUGCCUCCCAGAUAACCACGAAUCGAGUGCCCGCGCGAAUUAUAAGCUUCGGUGGUUCGGUGGUCCGUCCUUGGAGAUCUACAGUGACUCUGCCCUGUACAGCGGUUGGAAAGCCCAAACGGGAGUGGUUCAAAUCAGAUGUGGCUCUGCGACAAGGAGGCCUUCACAAUUCCCAGCUACUCGACACGGGAGAUUUGAUAAUUUCUAGCCUGCAGUUGGCAGAUGGCGGCAACUACAGUUGUCAGGUGGACAAUGGCAUAGGAACCGAUCGCCUCACCCAUAUGCUUUUGGUCCAGGUACCGCCAUCUGCGCCAGUUCUCUAUGUGACGAGUGCCACUUCUAGCAGCAUAUUGAUGCAUUGGAAAUGCGGCUUCACUGGCAAUGCCCCCAUUACAGGGUACACACUGUUCUAUCGUCGGUCCACAGGGAACACAGAUGAAAUGCAGCUCUCCCGUCAUGCCUCCAGUCAUGAGCUCAAGGGUUUGGUGUGCGGCAGCACAUAUCAAAUUCAUUUGAAUGCCCAAAACAAGGUGGGCACGUCUCCAUCCAGCAUAAUGCUGCAUGUGCGCACCCAAGGACAGGCUCCAGGCAUGCCGGCAGCUACUAGUCUGCUGGCACCCAACUCCACAUCCUUGCUGGUUCGUCUACACACAUGGCCAGAUAAUGGAUGUCCAUUGCUAUACUUUGUCCUGCAAUACCGGGCCGUGACUGAUGAUGCUGAACGCGACUGGAUAUUGGUUUCGAAUGCCCUCAAGCCGCAGCGUCGCGUUGUCGUCCCGAAUCUGCAAUCGUCGACGCUCUACCAGCUCCGCAUGGAGGCCCACAAUGUGGCGGGUGUUUCGCAAGCGGAGUUCUCAUUUGUUACUCUAACCAAAGAUGGCAAUCCGCCGCCGCCGGAGAUAGUGCAGCGCGGUCAACGUGGACCCAGUGUCUUUUAUGGCAAUAUCAAUCUAUUGAUACCCACCGUUGCAGCAGUUUCGGGAAUGAUUUGUACCAUAGCCCUGGUUAUCAUCUGCUACAGGCAUAAGCAAAGCAAUCACAUACAAAAAGAAUCACUUGAGAAUCGUGCCAACUCGGAGGCUGCUCAGCGGGAACGUUAUUAUGCUACCAUUCACAAGGUUUCCAUGCAGAACAAUGACAAAAUUCCAGAAACCUCCGAGGACAUUUCACCAUAUGCCACCUUCCAAUUGUCGGAGGCCGGUAACAUGUCACAGCCCCAUCACAGCGGUCCGGCCAACACGCUGCUGCACUCAUUCAUGUACCAUGAGAGGGCCCUGGCCGAGGGCUGCUCAUCGCCACCACCAGCUGCGGUAUUAAAACCAACCACCACCACCCAUCACCACCACCACCACCACCAAAACCAACGUCCUCAAAAGACAAUUCAUAAUUAUUAUCAGACCUCACCGUUUCAUAAUAUCUCAAAGAAUCGAAGACGCCAUUCACGUAAAACCGAACCGGAGAGUGAGGAAUCGGAAUCGGAUCAGGAUCAAUUGACCUCCAGUCGAACUGAGUCUUCCAAUCAGCACGAGGGCAAAAUUAAGCACAGCAUCAUCUACCAUGGAGCACAAUCAAGCACGUCCUCAGAUCUGUCACCAAUGUCCGAACAAAAAUCAUUGCCACGACGCGGUCGAUCCAGGUAUCAUCAUCAGCAAUAUCAGUUUUCCACCAAUACAACACCGCGCCAUCACAAUGGCAACAAAAGCAACAAUAACACAACAAAUACAACAACAACAGCCAACAGUACAACAAACACAUCGUCAAGCAAUUCGAACAAAAUUCUGUCACCUCGCGGUGGCAUUGGCGGCAAUCUGAAAUCCAUAUCAAGUACAUUCAAAUCACAAGACUCGAUACAAUGCCACAUACCCACAUUGGUCAAAUCGCCAUCGAUCAGUACACAACAACAGAAACAAUAUCAUAAACAGCAACUGCAACAGCAACAACAACAACAACAACAGCAACAGCAAUUGACUAGUAGCACCAGUCAGAAUCCCAACCUUAACCUCAACCAUAACCAUAAUCAUAAUCAUAAUCAGAUCCAUAGCCAGACAAAUAGUAGUUUGAAACAACAACAGCCCCUAUUGAUAACGCCCAAGCUUGCCCAUCAGCUUGAUUCAUCGCCAUCGGCAUCCGUAUCGGUUACGGUGCAAUCGCAUGUAAAUGGUUCGGAGCUGUUGGGCAUGGAUGGCGGCGUAGUUAGUAGUCCCCUAGCAUCUGUUGUGCCUGUCACUUGCAUGCCCCCAUCCUCACAGUUUCGUCCCAUACCCCACAAGUCCAUAAUGCCCGCGCAUGAGCCACCACAUCAUCCACAUCAUCAGCAGUCGCAACAGCAAUCGCAUCAGCAUCAGCAUCAGCAGCAGCAGCAUCCGGGCACGCUACUGAAUCCCUCGACAGCUUUGUUGUCCUCCAAAUUCUUUACAGCACCCACGCUGCCCAAAUAGGAUACGGCCAUUGGGGGGAGUGAAUAUGUUGGUAGUGAUACAUUAGGUAUAGGCGGAGGUGGAGGUGGAAGUGGUGGCUUCGGCUACGACAGCGGCGAAAUCUCCUGCACCUAUAUGGAUCCUAUAGAUCAGACAUGAGACUUGGCUUACGGUGAGGUGUGUGGACCUGAGGGAGCCCAUUAACUCAAAAAAAAAGAAAUCAGCCUACACACCAAAAUAACACCAUUAUCAAUAAUAACAACAACAACAACAACAAGAACAACAAUAACAACAAACAACA